AUGGCCCAAUAUCGAGUGCUCUGCUCCAAUGGUGGAAAGGAUGAAGGCAUUGGUGGCACUUGGGACGGCAUCAAGGAAGCCGUCAUGGAUCCUUUCACGUGGUUCUUUUGCCUCAUGCACUUCGCCUUGGUCACUGCUCAAGCUUUCAAGGAUUUCAUGCCUUCGAUCGUCAAAACUUUCGACCUAGGCGAGCUGACAACCUAUUUCAUUCAAGCGCCUCCUUAUGCUUUGCAUAUGCAUUUGCAUGCGCCUGUGCCUGGUCGUCAGGACGCCAACAUAGGCGCCCGCUACUUCGGCCUCUUCCUUCUCAUCUCCGGCACCUACAACGGCCUCAAUCUGCAACUGUCUUGGGAGACAACCGUCGUGCCGGCACCCCCUUACUUCUGGCCCCGCGCCCACAAGCCCUUUUACCGCCUCGGCGGCGGGCUCGUCUUGAAGCUGAACAAGAAGCUGGACAUUGCCGAGGGAUGGUCGGAGCAUUCGGGCGUGGAGCGGGGCUGGAGAUUCGUAUACUGA